AUGUUUUCCGAUUGCCAGGUGACUUCCAGGUCAGGGCCACUUUGUAUAGUGAGCGUGAAGGUAGAGGGGGGGCUCGUGAAGACGGAGCCCGCUGAUGAGGGGGAGGGAGAGAGCAGGACGGCAGGCGAGUGCGGGAGCGAGACCGAACUAGACACGAACGAGAGCGGCAUCUUUCGGCGGACCCGCGCGGGACUCAAAUCAGCCCGUUCUCAAGUGUGUCAUAUAUGCACACAAGAGUUUAAGAAAAUUAACAAAUUCAAGGCACACAUGAAAACACACAGGAGUGAGAAGCCUUUGUACUGCGAGCAGUGCGACAAGCGGUUCAACUGCGUGAACACUUUAAAGGUUCAUCAGCGAACUCACCGGCCGCACUCCUGCGGGACGUGUUACAAGACGUUUGCACUACUCAGUGACUUACAGCACCAUGAACGAACUCACAAAGGGGAGAAACCUUACUGCUGUUCCACGUGUAAGAAAGAGUUCGCUUAUCCGUCCCAUUUAAAGCACCAUGCGAAAAUACAUACUAAUGAGAAACCGUUCGCGUGCAAAGUCUGUAACACUGCGUUUUCGAAACUGAACAAUUUGAAAAGACAUGAAUUUAUACAUACGGGAGAGAAACCAUUUGUGUGCGACGUGUGCAAAAAGGAGUUCGCUUUUUUGGUUGCAUUAAAAGUACACAUUGGAAUACACAAAAACGAGAAACCAUACUCUUGCGAUAUAUGUAGAAAGAAGUUUACACAAAAGAGCUAUUUACUGACACAUGCGCGAAUACAUUCGGAUGAUAAGCCGUUCGUGUGUGAAGUGUGCACAAAGGCGUUUAGGGGCUCGAGUGCAUUGAGGAGGCAUGAGCGGAUACACACGGGGGAGAAACGUUACUCGUGCAGAGUCUGCGCGUACGAGUUUACAGAUUUGAGUAAUCUGAAGAGACAUGAACGACUCCAAGUUUGCCUGAAGACAUAACAAGUGAUAAUAAUAAGUCUACAUUUAAAUCUGUUUAAAAAACCAUUACCAUACAUCGUAGUAAUUGAUCACCAACUUUAAGUUACAUAACUAUAGUUCGUUUUUUUAGCAUCAGAAAGAACUUGCAAGAAGGUAAGCGAUCUUUUUUUAAUCUUGACGUCUUUUAAUUGAAAAACGCUUUUUAAAAACCAAAAACUAUUACUUAUGAAAGCAGAAGAAUAUAAACGAUGGUAUUAGAUUCAUAAUUGUUACAUAUUUGCCGUAACUUAUUUUUAAAAUGUGUUUUUCAAUUAAAAGACACAUCAAGAUUGUUUACCUUUUUUCUAAUGCUAAAAAAAACGAGAUAUAGAGACUGAUGACCCCACAUUCAAACUCAUUGUUGAGUUUUGUGGGGCUACGACUACAGCCACUGUAUCUUAUUUUAUUAAAUAUAUAAAUAAGUAGUGCCAGGUCCGUAUAGUAUGUCGAUUUACAAGAAUUGUGAAUUCGCAGUCUAUCAUUUUAAGAAAUUAAAGUAAGUGCGGCUGGAUUACUGAUAAGUGUUAACUCAAUUAAUUUAAAGAUUUGUUGUACUAUUAAAACUAUAUGAAUCUCUCAAAUUCAAAAUGAUUAAAUAAUUGAAUUGCGUUAAUUGGAAAUUGGAAUGUACUUAUUUGUAUUUUUUGCGAAAACCUUCUAGAUAGGUGCAGCCUGGAAUAGAGUUAAGGUGCGUCCAUAUCUAACAUGCGAAGCGUAAUCGUUAGAUGUGAACGCACCUUUAAAGAAACUUGUGCAAUAUGAUUAAAAAAUAUUAAAAAAAUAAUAAUACCAA